ACAGCAAAAGAUGGGGAAAAGAGGUCCUCCGUCUCUCUCUCCUACCACUAAGAAAAGAAAGCAGGGGGAGCGCAGACAUAGGCAUGCUUUGAAGGGAAUAUUGGGAAGUCAGUAUAACCGAUGGCACAAGCUAAGGCAAGACAGAAGUGAUGAGGACUUUGCAAAAGUUCUUAUGGAUGGGUAUGACAGAUUUCAACUUCAAGCAGGCCCGUUUGUGCCAUUGGCAGCUAUUUCGCCGGCUAGAACUGCACUACUGUCUACGCCUAUACCUACCUGUGGACUAACUUCUACACCUUCGGGGCCACAUGUAUCCCUUCCAGAUGUGGACUACACAAAAAUAUCUUCUGUGUCGCCAAAAGUGUCUGAAGUUCACCCCCAGACUGACAUCAUUCCCAGGGAACUUACGUGGCGAGCCAGCUCAGACAAACAUCUGGAGAUAUCAUUCAUAUAUCCAUCAGACCAUGAAAGCAUCUGUGAUGCGGGAGAAGGGUUGCAGUCAGCGGAUGAGUCAGAAGAACUGCAGGGUGAUAGCAUAAUCAAUCUAGCUAGCAGCAACGUUAGAGGGAGCAUGGAGAUUAUCACACAGUACAGAGGUUUAGAAGGCAAAGAAAAUGAAAGUAAAACGUUCAAGCCUUUCUGUCAAGAAGCCCGUAUGUCUAAUAUUCAUGCUGACGAGUCCACACUCGUUGAAAUUGAGAGCAAUAAUGCGAUUAGUAACCCCACAUACUCUUGCAAGACAGUAUCAUCUAUUGCUGAUCAUAGAUACGCAAAGGCGCCAGAUGCGGAGUUUAAGAAGGUGAUGAAGUCGACACCAUGCAACUAUCCAGCAGCAGAUGAGAAUGUACCAGGUGGCAAAGGCAACGUGGUAGAUCCAGAUAAUGAAGCCAUACAGAUCUACGAAGACAUAGGCGAUGAAAACGAAAGUGACUCUGACACGUCGCUACUCGAGCUGAUGCUUCGCGAUGAGCAAGAGGAACCGACGACGAAAUGGAUACAUAGACGUCCAAGACAGGCUUCCAGCAAGGUUCAGAAAUUCAUACGCAGCAGCAUAAUAGACACAGAAUCGUGCGAUGCGGAGCCUGAGGAGGAUGAGUGGAAGCCGCAGGACAAAGCAAAGAAAUGUGAUGACGAUGAUUGUGACGACAGUGACGGCGAUUAUGACGACAGCAACGACGACGACGACGACCAUAGUGAUGACGAUGACGAUGACACGGUUGUCUCGCCAGAGAACGCCGCCCGCAGACGGUUUAACCCUCUGGUCGUGCGCGCCCGCUCAUACGAUCCCAAGAAGCUGCGCAAGGAUGCGGCCGCUCCCGCGCUCGUCGACUCCUGUCAGCGCUGCCACUCCCUCCUGCUGCGGGCGGACGUGGCGAAACACGAGCAGGACUGUGGCAGCAGCAACAACAGCAGCAGCAUCAACAAGGAACUCAUGUGCGAGUACUGCGCGAAAAUGUUCCCGACGCCAGUGGCUCUGGGGAAGCACAUCAGGAGGAUUCACGUCGGAGAGUCGGUCAAGUGCGACGACUGUGGCAUGGUGCUGUCGUGCUAUCAGGGUAUGCUUAGCCAUCGCCGCCGCAGGCAUGGCGACGGCAUGCGGAUUCACUCCUGCACGACUUGUGGCCGCGCGUUCGACAACCUCCAUCAUCUGACGCGGCACUCCAACGUGCACCUGGCGGUGCGUCCGCGCGACUAUCCGUGCACGUACGCCGGCUGUCAGCGCGCCUUCUACGAUACGAAGCACCUCAAGGUUCACAUGCUGCGGCACACGGGCGAGAAACCGCUGCAAUGUGAUCGCUGCGAGUUUGUCUGCCGGCAGCGUAACUCGAUGAACUACCACAUUAAUAAGUACCAUCGCGAAGAUGAGCCGACUCCCUCACUAGCAGGAGACGCACUGAACUGAUGAAGGUGUUCACUGUUUUAUAUGCGUGCUCACGCAUACAGAACAUAGAGAGAGGUGCAGGAGGGCGAGCAUGUAAGAUAUGGAGAGAGGUUAGACUGUAUAUUGUUAGACUGUACAUUCCCAUACGAGUGCCCCCCAUCGUGAAAUGUGAUCUUGAAAGGGGGGUCAAUGCAUUAUUUCUAAUUGUGUAUUGUUGUUUCCAAUUUACGUAAUGUAUUAUUUCUAAUUACGUAACGUUGAAAUGUUAUCCAAUUUUGGGUCGAUAAAUGAAUACAAAUAAUAAAUGUUGCAUGUUAUUGCAUUUCAGUUCUAUUACACACAUUGCGUGUGCCAAAUAAUUUACGUUAAUAAUAUCAGAAGAGUAUACAGGGUUUCUUAUACACAAGAGGCACAGUGGCGCACCGCCUUUGUCAAAUUUAACAUCGCAGUUGUGACU